AUGGCUCGUACCCCGAGGAAAAGGAAGUCCGCUCUUCCUGCUCGCAAAUCAGCUCAUGAUCAAACCGAAAUCAAUGUUGAAGAUGAAGCGCUCAAGAAUGCGCUCAAUUCACAAUAUCAACGUGCUCCUUACCCCACUCCAAGUGAUGAUGAUGACCUAUGCUCAGCAGAUGAGGAUGACAAACUUGACUUCGAAGAUGAAGCCACAGCCGGGACAGGAUACAAUACAACACCGCUCCUUGGCAAGCCAACUUCUUUCAAAGAACCGGCUAUCUUGAGACCACAGGGACUACCUCAAGUCGAAACUACGGUAGACGAUCAUUGGACAUAUCUCUUCUUCAGGUUCUGCGCUGAAAGGCACAAGAUGUACGAUCGACGUCAAGCAGGUAUACCCAGAGAUCAACUUACAAAAGAUGAGACAAUGAGUAAAGAACACAUUGGAAAUGUGUUUAGGCAAUUAGAUCCUUCCUCAAAGAACAUAGGUAUAGACAUUAUUGGUAAAGGCGAUCAAAGUCACGAAGAAGUCUGCUUUCGACUGUUUCUGUAUUGUAUGUUUUACAGCGAAGCGACGUGGAAUGCUCUUUGUACAUCGAUCGGGGGCAUCCCUACGUGGCGCAAUUACAUAUCUGAUCUUCCCGUCUUCGAAUCUGUGCUACACCGCAUAUCAUUCAUAGAAAAUAAGAAGAUAUACUAUGGCGGAUUUCAGCUGGUGCCGCCGACGGUUUAUUUUACCGAUAACAGGAACAGAGAUAAGACUAUGUUUCAUUAUGCCGCAAGUCUGCGUUUAGUCCUAGCCAUGAUGUUGGCUAAGUUACCUGAUCAACUACUCAAAUGUCAAUAUGCUGUCGAUGCGAGUCACGUACUCCAAACCAUUCCAACGCUUGGAGGAUUCUUGUCUUGGAACAUUCUCUGCUUCUUGAAUGACACCACCCAUUUCACCUGGUAUUUCAGAAACUACGCUACCUGUGGACCUGGGCCCAGAUCUUAUUUGGGAAGGAUAUUUGGUGGCAAGAACGUAAUCAACUCAAUUGCCAUGGAGGAAGCAGGAUUGAUCUGGUUAUAUGAAAAUCAGUGGAAAUACUGGGCAAGAUUAGGAGAAGAUCCACCACACGCUCAUGAAAUCGGAUUAAGACCUGGAAUGAGGGUAUUAGAUUUUGAAAACGCUCUUUGUUGGUGUCAUCGAUAUGUCAACGCAUUCGAAAGAAAACGUUACGGUAAUUUUGGUCACAUACCCCAUCCAGAAUAUGAUCCCGAAAUAACCGAGAAUACCUCUGCUCCUGCAUGGUGUACUGAAGAACGAUGGAUGAAGAGUACAAGUAAAGCCGCUUGGGUGGGUGAUUACGAUGAGGCUCAAUGCAAAUUAGAGAGUGUUGAUGGACAAGAAGAAGUAUACGAAGUCGAGAAGAUUGUCAUGAGAAAAGGCCUUAGAUCAGAAAAAAAUAGUUAUUUUCGAGUGAGGUGGAAAGGUUAUACUCCUGAAGAGGAUACCUGGGAGAAAGCCGACUCGCUGAAAGAUGGAGCGGAAGAGACGCUCGAAGACUGGGUUCAAUGGGAGAACAGGGUCUGGGACAAUAUCGAGAAAGUAAAAAGACAAUAUCCCUUCAUCCGCCCACAAAUACCCAAAUCCGAACCGUCAGCUGUCCAAGACGAGAAUGAGCAAGGAGACGCUCGAUCAGGGAGGGCAGUGAAAAGAAUGAAGAGGGAAGCUAUCCCGUCGUGA